AAUAUUAUAAUAUACAUUUUACUGCGCUAAAGAUAUAAACAUAUAAAUAGCAUACAAACAUAUUCCAUAUAUUAUCACUGUAAAAUAUAGCAUGUCUAAUGUUAACUUUAACAAAAAAAAUAUAAAAGCAUAGGAAGGAACGUGCAUACAUAAUAUCAGUGAUGUCAAGCUGGAAAUGGACAUCGUGCAAUAUAUGCGAGUCACAGAGAGAGACCUUCUGACCUAAAUUGAUCGAGAUAUAAUGGACAGUGUGAGAGGGAAGCCGACAUCUCCCGCCGUUAUCGUUAUUAAUGGCAGCCGCGUUAAAAUCGAGGAUACGCGCGAUGUUUUAUGCUAAGUACUCGAUCGUCAGCCAAAUCACGAAAUGCGGUAUCUAUUAAAUGGUCCGAUGGCCGAUGUUCACUGAUGUCCGUUCAGGCGGAACAAUGACUAUUGGGAUCCGGUUUCGUAAUGGCGUGUGCUUUAAAAACGCUUUAAAAAUCCAUCCGCGGCUUCGUCGAUCCUCAGUCGCAACCCGCUAUUCCGAAUGUCUCGAUUGUAUAUAUCAGUGGCUUCUCUUCGUCAGCGCGAUAUCCUCAGGGAAUCUCGCGAAUGGAUACGAGUCUCAAGAUGCGGUUUUUGUAAAUUUCCACCGCAGAUAUAACAUUUCAAAGGUGGCGAUAAUCCACGAUAAUAGUUAUUUACCUUCACCUCCAGAGAUACCUCCAGUUUCGAUUCCGGAUUUCUCCCUGCCGGAAGUGAUCGAUAACAAAGCACGAAACGUGCCGGUCGCGGCAACAGACGGGACCAGAAACUAUCCCAAUGCCUUGUAUCAUCUCCCCGGGCGGGAUUCCUUGCGAGUCCUCACGCGCAAGGGUUUGCAGGACACGAGGUAUCCGGGGAACGACGGGUUGCAAAUACCUCAGCAUCAUCGUCGACCCACUUUCCCGCAAGACAAACACGCUCGACAGACCACAACGCCUCCUUCUCUACCUCCUUCCGGUGAAACAUCACCGUCGUCCCUUGCAAAUCGCGUCAGCGUCGAGGAGAUGUCCUGUCAGAACACGGGAGACGAAUUGUUCUUCAGAGCAUCCAUCAAAGCGCCGAGGAACUCGGCGCCGCCGGUGAUAGACAACGCGACGGGUGAUGUCUGUCGAGCGAUAGCGGUCAGGGAUUCUUAUCGCAUUAAUUUUGAGAGGGAUCAAGUCUGGGACUGCGGAGUCAUCGAUUGUUCCGCGAACGGCAACCGAUCGUACUGCCUCGAUCUGAGAUUCCCCGUGAUCUCUGGUCUGCGACUGAGGGACGACCACAGGGUGACGUUGCGGUGUAAAACCCAGGACAAGAUUGCGUAUCAGACGAGGCGGAUCAGCAUGAAAACAUUGGAAGCGAAAGCGAGGAACGUACCGGGUCUGCUAAACGGCGGCGCCGAGAAUGCCCUCAACGCGGACGUAGGGCUGUUCAGGAAGACUUAUGGCUCGAAAAACAUUUUCGACACGAGAAUACAAUCGGGUGGCACGGUUGUCCUCGGCGAGGAAAUUCUGCUCCGCGUGUUAGUCAACGAUGACGAUAGCUGGCGACAUUCGAAAAUUGGCCAAGUGACGAUACACUAUCUAGAGGAACGGCAACGGCAAGAGAUUGUCAAUAGUCUGUGGAUUCUCGAUAAGGAUGGCUGCUUGAAUCCGGACGUACGCGAGAUUUGUCCUCGAGAGCAAUACGCGGUGUCACCGUUGGAGAAUUACCUAAUCUUCCAGGCGUUCAUGUUCGAGGGUAUGAGAGAGACCGAUGAGAUUUUUCUUACUGUGAGGAUCACGGCGUGUCUGGAGCCCGUGGAUUGUAUUCUGGAUUGUCCCGGUAAUCACGUUAGACGUGCCAGAAGCAUCCCGGAGCGAAAUAACACCGUCGAGUGGCAGGACGACCUAGUCCUACGAGUGAUUCUUCCACAGUACGAGUCGCGUAUUUCGCAGGAUUAUUAUUUAACCAUUUUGAUAUCAGCGGUCGCAUUACUCGCGCUAAUCGCAUCGUUGUGGCUCAUCAAGACCUCAUUUCGCCAAAAAGUAGCGAAAUCCCGAAUAACAUUAAACCCUUAAUUGCAUCCCUAUGAUUAUAUAUAGCAUUUUAAACUGUAUAUAAUUGUAUAAUGAAUAAAUUAUUG